AUUUUGAGUAUGCAAAAAAAAACGCCAUUCGAUAGACAAAUAGUUUUGGAAAUGUUUGAGUAAACAGAUAAUGAAUUCGCAUAAUCACUUCUUAAAAACCAUUAGUUCUCAUUCUAGUCAUUGCCUACUGUCGAGGAAAUUAAUUCUAUACUAAAUUCUGUCGAAAAAGCUUACAAUAGUAAAAGAGGAACAUGGACUCCAUGCUAGGAUAAAUUCUUAAAUUUAUUAGUGUUAGGUACAUGUUUAAAGAGUAGGGAAAUUCCGGUUGAAUUAGUAAAAAUUUAAGAUUAUUCUUUAUAGACUUCUUAUUAAUGGGAAUAGAUUUCAAGAAUGUUUAGAUAUCAUAAUUGGAAAGCUUGCCGAAAUAGAUGGUUGGAAGAAUGCCAUCAAAAAGUAAGUUGGACACCUUAAGAAGAUUAAGUUUUAAUAUAAUUAUAGUAAAUGCAUCCAAACAAAUGGUGUGAGAUUGCAAUAGAAAUGAUGAGAAUUUGUAAAACUCCUUAUAUUCGAUAAGGAAAAUAAUGUAGAGAUAGAUGGGUUAACAAAUUAGACCCAAAUAUCGUCAAGUAAUUUAAAAAUAUUAAAUUUUAAUAGUCUUCCAUGGACUAAGGAAGAAGAGUUAAAAUUGUUUCGAGAAAUUGAGAAAAGAGGAAAAAGAUGGGCAGAAAUUUCAUUGAAGGUGUUUAAGUUAAAAAGAACAGAAAAUACAAUUAAAAAUAGAUAUUAUAAUCUAUUAAAAUAAGAAGAAAAUAAAAUUAAACUAGGAAGAGUAACAAAAGACGAAAAGAAUGAAAUCUUAGUUAAAUCUAUCAUUUAAUAACUUGAAUAAUAAGUGAAGUGCAAAUUUCCAAUAAAAAAUGAAGAAACUGAGGAAUAAUAAAUUUAAGAAUAUAAUUUCUAGAUUUUUAAUUGCAAUUAAAUCUAAGAGCUCUAUCAACUAGUUUGUUUCAUAAAAAGAAAGAUUGUCAAAUUAAAUGAUAUAUGA